CGUGUAUCUCUCUGCAACGAACGUUAUCAUUUCCAGACAGACGUCGUGGGCUCUGACGGCGGACGGGCAACAUUGGAGUGACCAGUUCGGUGCGGUGUGGUCGAAUUUCGUUAUUGUUAGUUAAUCACAACUCAGUGUCGAGGGAAGUAAGCAAGCCGGUUCGAGCAGAUUCAACCACUCCUCUCGAAUCGACGAUUAGAGAAAGAUCUUUGUAUUGCUGGUCAAUUUCUGAUUGCGGACCCACCUCACCUGGCGCCUCGCCUCGUACAGGACAUGCCCGUUUUAGAGAGAGCUCGCUCGCACUCGGUUAGUACUCCUCGAGGCGAAAUCUCAGUGGACCAUUGGUUGUGAUCAUUGGUUUGGCAGUGCAAAUAUUACCGUAAAAUAGCAGAUUUGAACAGAGCAGAGCAGAGGAAGAGCUGCACAGAGCUGCUAUAUAUAGAGGAAGUCGUCAAAUGGGGAUAUGUUGGUGUUACCACUUGUAAGGCCUUGUGCUUCAUUGCAUGCAACAUUACAGAUCCAUCCAUCCAUCGACCCACUGACUGUGGACUCUGAAGGGGCAAGGGAAUCAUUCUUCCGGCUCGGGCUACUGGAGGAGCAACGAGUUGGGGAGAUCCGUGAAAUGAACAUUUUCGCUACUUUGUUGCAGGAAUGUUCUCUUCCACAAGACGUGGCACAUGUUCGAGUCCGGAGACUCGGAUUUGGAUCACAUUUGAUUAGUCCCCGUUCUGCACAGGUGACACUGGCCAGUCCGAUUCUGCUUCGAGUCCUGCUGUUGCUUGAUUGCUUCAUGUGUACACCUGAGGACCUGGCUGUUACUGUUCCGAUCAUGAGGGAAGCCUGUUGUCUCCUAUAACAACUUCUGUGAGUUACAUAAUGUUUUCCAUAUAGAGGAGUCCAAGAAACCGUUGUGGAGCAUUAGCUUCUGAUGAUCAUGUCAUGAGACGGGCUUUGUCUUCACUGACUUCGGUGAGGACAUCUCUGAAACUUAUCUGUUGGGCAUCGGAUCUCCUUUAUCCACUUCCUGUUAUCUGCAUAAUCAUCGACGUUCACUGGUUUAAAAGACUACAACAGUUUGGUCUCUACAAGUUUGGGGAGAAAGGAGUAGGUCCAAAGCAAAACAACUCCGAAGUAAGUUUGGUAAGUAACUGGUAAGCUGUAGGUGUACGACCUGCAAGUGAUGUGUCAACCCUCUGAAAGAUCGCAAAACUCUGUACGUACUUCUGCCAGUAUAAAUUAAAAGGUUUCGUGGAGACAGACUUAC